AUGGAGUCAGAAAAUGAUGCUAAUGUCAAUCAUACACAAGAAGAAGAUGACGUUGAUUGUUUUUUUCUGCAACCGUCUUCUUCUCCUUAUAACAUAACAGAAAAAGUCCAACAGGCCAAUAUCGAUCUAUUUUCUUCCAGUCCAUAUCCAAGUAGUGGAAAAAUUUCCAAGGUUAAAUUCAAAGAAGACUUAUUUUCAUUUGAACCUGACUUAACCGAUGAAGAUGUUAAUAGUAUAGAAAGCGACCACAUCGAAGAUAUUGAACAUGACAAUCAACUGAUCUGUGAGUAUAAAACUGUGAAUAUUUCAGACAUCGAAGAAGUAGCAGAAGAUUUAGAAGAUGAAGAAAUUAUAGAGAGUAUUAACACGGAUUUUACCGAGAUAGUUUCUGAAAUGGGUGUUAAAAAUGUAGAACACAAAAUUAAAGUAGAGAAAGAAAGAAGCGAAGAGACUAGAACAGAUAGCAGUAGCACUAGUAAACGUUCUUCCAAAAGAAAAAAGAGUGGAUCAAAAAGAGUUCGUAGUAUUGGUGAAGUGCAUUGUAAAGACCAUUGUAUUGACAAAUUGGAUAUUGACUUGCCGAUGUAUAUUAAGAAGUUGGAGAUUCACGAGAAAGUCACAAACCUUCCACCGCUACAGCUUAUACAAAGGAAAUGUUGUGACGAGAUUAAGCAUAAAAAUUUACCAAACUACAAUGGUCAUAGGUCGGAAUACGGUUUGAGUUGUAGGCAACUGGAGAAUAUUCAGAAACAAAAGGAACUGCUUAAAAUUAAAGAAGAUACUAGAAAACGAUUAUUAGAAGAAUAUGCUCAGAGAAAAAUGCAACAAAAUGAAGCAGUGUUCUGCCAAUGGUUAAAAGAAAUAGCCAAAAGGAAACAAGAAACUCAAAAAAUGCAUAAAAGUAAAUCGACUGAAAGCCAUACAACAGUAAAACAGUCAUAUAGUCCAACAGUAAUCAGCCUUCCUAAUAAGAGUACAGGCAGGAUGAAAGAGCGACCAAAAACUGCCAAUGAGUUUGUUCCAAAAACUCAAAUUAAAAAACCUCGAAGACCUCACACCUCAUCUACCUGCGUGUAUAUUGAAGUACCACCUGAUCUGCUGAGAAGAGGGAUAAAUAUUGGGGACCUACUUGUAACUAAUUCCAAAUUACUGUCAAAAAAGUUGCAUAUACUAGCAGUUUCAUAA